AUGGACAUGAACAGAGUCCAACUUAUACAAACGCAGACCAUUGAUCCUACAGCAAGGCCAUGGGAGAAGAAAUUUUCAAGUGACAAGGGUUUCAAUAUUCGAACAGCUGUUGUAGCGAGUUUAGAAAAGAAAGAACAAUUAUGGCCAGAAUUAGAUCAGUUGCUUCGAGAUCAAGAUGAUGUCUCUGGUGCAUCUACCACUUACACAGCCGCUGUUCCUGAAUACAAGAUUGUGUUUGUUGACUCAGAAGCCACAUCACAUUUGGAAAAGAAACGGAGUCUUGCAAAUGGUCAUGCCGUUCAUGAUAUUCAUCAUCCAUGCAGAGCUAAUGUAGUUGUGCGGAAAGAGCUCCACACUCCAGCUUCUGACCGUUCUUGCAUUCAUCUAGAGUUUGACAUUGCUCGAACUGGUCUUGUUAAAACAACUCUUCCACCAGAUAUGAAACAAACAGGAGACCACGUUGGUGUAUAUUCAGAGAAUCGCAUUGAGACUGCAGAGGAGGCUGAAAAGCUAUUGGGUCUUUCAUCGGAUGCAUUCUUCUCCAUUCAUGCUGAUAAUGAAGAUGGAACCCCCCGCAACGGUGGUUCUCUCCCACCUCCUUUCCCACUCCCUGUUGAUCUAAGAACUGCUCUUGCACGAUAUGCUGAUCUUCUGAAUUUUCCUAAAAAGGAUGGAUAUUCUCAAUGGAUAGUUGCACGUCAGAGGAGCCUCCUGGAGGUUAUGGCCGAGUUCCCUUCAGCCAAGCCUCCACUAGAAGUUUUCUUUGCAGCAAUAGCCCCCUGGUUGCAGCCUAGAUAUUUACCGCUACAUGUCUGCUUACACACAAAGAGCCACACAGAUCCAAAGAUUAUUCCUACGAAUUGA